CGUUCAUGGCCGCUCCGGGCCGCGCCGCCGUCUCCGGGGGAGCGCGGAGCUCGGGUGCCGGCCGCCCGGCGCAGCGGCGGCGGAGAGCCCACGGCAAGGUGUGAAUACAAGCCUUCGCUUAAGUACUCGAUUUUUAAAGCACUCUCCUAUUUCCACCAAAGAGAAUUAAAAGGCAAAAAGCUGUGUACUCUUCUCAAGGGGAGGAAGGAAAAGACACCUCUGAAGAUUCUACCAGGAAUUCUUACAAAUCAAGUGGAUGAGAUACAUAACUGAUGUCACCAGCAAACUGUUUGAAGAAGCUGUGGUGAUAGGCUUGAUGUGAUUUCGCUGUGUUUUAUAGUGGUUUUUCAGGUAGCAAGGUCAACUAUCAAAACAGAUCCUUGCUGCAGGGGGUUUGGUCUAGAUGACCUUUAAAGUUCCCUUCCAACCCAACGCAUUCCAUGAUUCUAUGCCUGCAAAAAAACUCAUGGGUUGAGAUAGAAACAGUUUAAUAGUUAAAAGAAAAAUAAAACACAAGACAGAAAAAUAAAACCCAAGAAAAGCAAGCAGUGCAAAUGAGAACAAUUGUUCUCUGCCAACCACAUGAUGCCCAGCCAGGACCCAAGCAGCAGCCCUCUCUGCCAACCUCCCCUCCAGUUUUAUUCCUGGUCAUGACAUCAUAGAACAUGGAAUAUCUCUGGUCAAUUUGGAUCAACUGUCCUAGUGUCCUCUCCCACUUUUUAUACACCUCCAGCCUGCUUGCUGACAGGGCAGGGGUGAUCUUCAUAGAAACUGCUAAAGACUUUGAAGAAAUCGUUUUAGGCAAAAUAACUGAAAUAAAUUGUUGUGAUAAAGUAAAAUGGAUCCUUGUUCAGUUGGAAUUCAGCUUCAAGCUACCAAUGAAUGCCAUAAGACCUAUUAUACCCGUCACACGGGCUUCAAGACUAAGCAAGAUAUAUCUUCAACUGAUCUACUGUUACUUCAGCUAAGGACUGGAAUAACCUUUUCAGAGAACAAUACAAUCUGCUUCCACCAUGCAAAAAUUUACAUUGAAAGAUUCGAAGACUUGCAAAAAUCGUGUUGUGAUCCCUUUAACAUACACAGAAAACUGUCAAAGAAAAACUUACGUGCAAUUGACUUAGAUGAUGCAACCUUUUUAAGUGCCAAGUUUGGAAGACAGUUUGUGCCUGGUUGGAAGCUUUGUCCCAAAUGUAUGCAGAUAAUAAAUGGAAGCGUGGAUGUUGAAUCCGAAGAUCGCCAAAGAAGAAAACUUGAUUCAGAUGGACGUACAGCCAAGGCUUUAAAGUCUCUACAGUUUGCUAAUCCAGGAAGGCAGACUGAAUUUACUCCUGAGACCAGUAAGAGGGAAAAAAGGCGUCUCCAAUCAAAAAAUGCAUCAAUUAAUUCAGACAGGCAAGUUAUACCAGCCAAGAGUAAAGUCUAUGACAGCCAGGGACUGCUGCUUUUCAGUGGGAUGGACCUCUGUGAUUGUCUGGAUGAAGACUGCCUGGGGUGUUUCUAUGCUUGUCCCAAGUGUGGCUCCAACAAGUGUGGAGCUGAAUGUCGCUGUGACCGAAAGUGGCUUUAUGAGCAAAUUGAGAUAGAAGGAGGAGAAAUUAUUAGAAAUAAGCAUGUUGGUUAGUGUAUAUGUGCAUUGUUUAUCCUGAGUUUAUAUUUCAUGCUUUAAACACAGCAGUCAUCGUUUAGUGGUUUAAUGAAAGCCAUUGGAUUAUUUCACAAUCCACAUGAUUAAUGUGCUCACUUUCACAUAAUUUUCAGUAUGAUUAUAGAGAUAUUCUUAAUCAUACUACUGUCUUUUUGCAGUUUGUUCUACCUUAUACUCAGUCUUGUUAGUCAUCCAAGUGAGUUCUAACUGAACACUCAUUUUAUGUAAGUAUAAGGUGCUACAUUUUAUGUGGCAUAUCCAGAGCCACUCACCAUCGUUCCAUAUUCUGUUUUGUAGAGUGUUCCAUGUCCAUGUAUCCCUCAUUUUUUCUCCUCUAGUUCAGGUUGUCAUGAUUUUGAAUCUGUUUUAAGUUGAACACUUUAAAAGUUCUCAGUGAAUUUACAUGCAGUAUUAAUAAAACUCUAGUAUUAAUAUGGAUGCUAUAUCUUCUAUAGAUUAUCCCAGCUAUAUCUGAUAAAUUGAACUAUGUUCACUUAAAAUGGAUUCAGAGGCAUUCAGGAGUUAAGAUCCCAGCCAAGUUACUGGGAUUUGAGAUCAAGUUACCCUUAUGAAUUCAAACCUCACUAUUAAAGUGUUAUUAAAACUGUCAAGGCAAUGAAAAUAACACGUUAAAGUAUUCAAUGAUGGUACUGGUUUGUUGGUUUCUGUAUAACAAUUGAAAGAUUUGCUGUAUUUAUCAUCAAUCUAAUGAAUUAUCAGUCUGGAAGGGUUUUAAAGUAAAUGUUUACAUGCAUCUGAAAUUAAUUCCAGUGCCUGUUUCCAAACUAAGAAUAUCCAGAGUGCCACAAAAAAAAAAACCCUGUUGAAUUGAAAUUGUGUGGGUUGACACAAUAUCUAUCCUCAUUAAAACUGUACAGCAUAACAAGAUUGAAGAUAUUUUUAAAAACAAAAUCUUAAUAACAUUGUUAUUUCUUGGCAUUAUCAUUGUAUUUUGGAUAAAUUUCAUAAUUCUGUGAUAAACUGCAUAUUUAUUUGGUCACCUUUAUUAAAAAAUACUAUUUAACGAUUGAUUUAUGAAUAUUUACUUGAUAAAGUUGUAGAAUCUUAUUAUUUGUUUUGAGUGUUUUCUGAUAAGUGACAUGAAAGCUGCAUGGCUAAAAUCCAAAGUUACGCUUGGAGUUGUGCUGACAUCUGCUGGUGCUAGUGAAGUGCAAGCAUUGACUUACACUACAUUUUAUGAAAUCUGCUACAAAAAAUGAACAGCCUUUCUUUUUUUGGUCAGAGCAUUGGCUGUUCUUCCAACUGAUGGCUCGCUUAUUGGCCUUGGAUUCCAGCCACGUUUAUCAUAAGAAGAAUCAUGUGAGUUUAUUUAAGGAGAGAAGCACACUCUUUAAACUCUUUUCCAGACAGCAGCACCAUAGCUGAGUAAGAGCCACGGCUCCCCUUACAUGCAAAUGGCAUUUAAUGCCUUUUACUUGUUGGCUACAGAGCCUGUAUGUCCUGACACAGCAAGUAGUCUUGUGUGUUCAAUCCUUGUUUGGAACUGUUUCAUCUCUUAAAGCAACCUUUUGAGUUAGAUGGAAAUAUAAAAAUAUACCUCCAUGAAAGAGAGGGAGGGAGGAAAAGCUGGUCCAGUCUUGUAUUUUUAAAGUAUUUAUUACUUUUGAAAUCAGACUAGAGUCAGCAGUACUUAUUGUUCUUAACAGGCUUCCAACUGUUUGAUGAAUAUAAUUUGCCACUUAAGUCCACAGUUAGAUGCAGUAACUCUUAAAGCAAGUCUACCAGUAGCUUAAGUUGCCUAGAGCAUCCCAUUAUUAGAACUGUAUUUCUCUGUCCACAUUAAGUCUCAGAAAAGCAUAUUCAGUCUCUCAUUUUACAGAUUGACUAGCAGUGAGUACUUUCCUAAAUAAAUCACUCAGGUUGUUUCUGAACAAAAUGCAUAGGACUGCUGUUCAACUGAAAACCUGCCUGAGUACUGGGUUCUGUUGAUUGCUCUAGAAGAUAUGGGAGAUGUAGGGCUUUUUUCCAGGGCUUUUUUCCAGUAAAAUAAGACUUUUUGGUUGUUCACAUGUCCUGUUUACCUAUUUGAGCCAUUCCCCUUUAGCGGCAUUUCCUUAACAUGCCUGUGUUGUAGUGUGUUAAGUUCAAUAAAACAUUUUUAUAUAA